AUGGGGGCAGGAAGACAGGUCAAACUCCUGUUGUGGAAGAACUGGACUGUACGCAGGAGGCAGAGGAUACGUUUCUUCAUGGAGCUCAUGUGGCCUGUGGUGCUCUUCAUGGGACUAGUGUGGCUGAGAAGAGUAAAUCCGCUUUACCGUCAGCAUGAAUGUCACUUCCCCAACAAGGCCAUGCCCUCUGCAGGGAUCCUGCCGUGGAUCCAGGGAAUCUUCUGCAACGCCAAUAAUCCUUGUUUUCAGUACCCCACACGGGGCGAAUCUCCAGGCGUGGUGUCCAACUACAACAACUCAAUAUUGGCUCAGUUCUACUCUGAUGCUCAGGAGCUUCUGUUUAGUGACCCAAACUUUCUGCAGCUUGGUCAACACUGGAAUGAACUGAACGCCAUGAGUGACUUCAUGAACUCCCUACGCACACAUCCUGAACGUUUCUCAGGUCGAGGGAUAAAGGUGGAGUCGAUCCUGAAGGACGAUGAGCUGCUGACAGCUUUCCUGCUCAGAGACAUUCCUCUGACAGCACCUGUGGUCAACCAGCUGGUCAAUGCACAAAUAAGACCUGAGCAGUUUGCCUUUGGCGUCCCAGACCUGCAUCUGAAGGAAGUCGCCUGCAGCCUGACCCUGCUGGAGCGAUUCCUCAUCUUCCCGAGCCGCAGAGGACUCUACGCCGUCCGCAACGCCAUGUGCAUCCUCCCUGCACAGCGGCUGCAGAUCAUCGAGGACAAGUUCUACGCCAAUGUCGAUUUCUUCAAGCUCAUCCGGCUGCUUCCUCUUGAGCUGGACAAACACUCUGAAGGCAUCGACAUCCGCUCGUGGGUCCGGGUCAUGUCCGCGGCCUCAGACAAACUGAGAGAGUUGUACCAGAGGAACAGCUCCAAGGAGCUCCUGCAGGCGGUGACUCCUCUCCUGCAGAACAAUCUGUCCUUCAGGCAGGUGAUGGGCGCAGCCUCCAGCCUCGUCUGUGGUUACUCUGAGGGCGCUUUCUCCAGAGUCGCGUCCUUUAACUGGUACGAGGACAAUAACUACAAAGCCUUCCUGGGAAUCAGCAGCGCGAGGACACAGGACCACUACGAAUACGACAACAGCACCACUCCUUUCUGCAACGAUCUGAUGAGAGAGCUUGAGUCGAACCCUGCAACAAGGAUUGUGUGGAACUCUGUGAAGCCCAUGCUGAUGGGACAGAUCCUCUACGCCCCUGACUCACCGGCGGUCAGGCAGAUCAUACGAAAUGCAAACACAACAUUUGAAGAGCUGGAGCGGCUGAGGACGAUGGGGAAAGCCUGGGAGGAAGUGGCUCCUCAGAUUUGGUAUUUUUUCCAAGAUGGAGUCCAAGUCAAGAUGAUCCGGGACACCAUCCGCAAUCCCUCAGUGAUGGACUUCAUCGACCGGACUCUGAAAGAAGCUCCCUUCUCCUCCAAACACAUCCUCAACUUCCUGCACAACGGCCCACCAGAGGAGCGUCCUCUCGAUGUUCCUGAUUUUGACUGGAGAGACAUUUUCAACCUCACAGACCGAGUGGUCCGGAUGCUCAACCAGUAUGGAGAUUGUCUGAACCUGGAUAAGUUUGUGGCUCUGCCCAAUGAGGACACCGUCACUUUUCGGGCCUUGGACCUGCUGAAGGACUCAAAGUUCUGGGCCGGCCUGGUUUUUGUUAACAUGUACCCCUGGACCAUGAAAGUCCCGCCUCAUGUUAGGUUCAAGAUCCGGAUGGACAUCGAUGCUGUGGAGCGGACCAAUAAGGUCAAAGACAGGUACUGGGACCCCGGCCCCCGUGCCGACCCCAUGGAUGACCUGCGGUAUGUCUGGGGAGGUUUUGCGUACCUUCAGGACAUCAUCGAGCACGGCAUCAUCAAGACCCAGACCGGGAGGGAGUGGCCUCUGGGGGUUUACCUGCAGCAGAUGCCCUACCCCUGCUAUGUGGAUGAUCUCUUCAUGCUGACGCUGAACCGCUGUUUCCCCGUCUUCAUGGUGCUGGCCUGGGUCUACUCUGUGUCCAUGAUAGUGAAGAGUAUCGUCCUGGAGAAGGAGCUCCGCCUGAAGGAGACCAUGAAGGCCAUCGGGGUCACCAACGGUGUCAUCUGGUCCACCUGGUUUAUCGACAGCUUCCUGAUGAUGGGCACCAGCACCGCCCUCCUCACCGCCAUCAUCAUGGGAGGAAGGGUCCUGAACUACAGCAACCCCGUCAUCCUCUUCCUCUUCCUGCUCACCUUCACUACAGCUACCAUCAUGCAAUGCUUCCUCCUCAGCGUCUUCUUCAACCAGGCCAACCUGGCGGCGGCCUGCUGCGGAAUCGUUUACUUCGCCCUCUACCUGCCGCACAUCUUUUGCUUCGCCUGGCAGGAGCACAUCACCAAGGACAUGAAGAUCCUGGUGAGUCUUCUGUCUCAGGUGGCUUUUGGCUUCGGAACGGAGUACCUGUCCAGGUACGAGGAGCAGGGUCUGGGUCUGCAGUGGGACAACAUUGAGACAAGUCCUCUGGAGGGGGACGAGUUCUCCUUCCUCACCUCCAUCUGCAUGAUGGGCCUGGACACGGUGCUGUACGCCGUGCUCGCCUGGUACCUGGACAAUGUCUUCCCUGGUCAGUAUGGAAUCAGCCGGCCGUUUUAUUUCCCGUUCCUCCCCUGUUAUUGGCUCAACAGUGUGGCUCCUGCUUCAGAUAAAAAAGGCUUUUCUAACCUGAAGAACAAGGAGCAGCAGAAAAAAGAGGAGAAGGAGGAGGACCUAAACAAGGAUCAGGAGAGACGGAGGAUUCUGGAGAAGAAGGCAUCGUGUGAACACCAGGCUCAGCGUGAGAGGAUGGAGAGACAGAUACAGGGCGAGGAGGAGGAGGAGGAGGAGAAAGACGGUAUGAUAUUCAUGUUUACUACUUGUCAGCAGUUCUUUGAAGCAGAGCCAGCCGACCUGGUGAAAGGUGUUUGUAUCCAGGAUCUGGUUAAGGUGUUCAGCGGCAGCUCCACACCGGCGGUGGACGGACUCACCAUCAGUUUCUAUGAGAGUCAGAUUACUGCUUUCCUGGGCCACAACGGAGCCGGGAAAACCACCACCAUGUCCAUCCUGACAGGUAUGUUCCCUCCCACCUCUGGAACAGCCAACAUCUACGGAAAUGACAUCCGCACAGACAUGGACGCCGUGCGUCUGUCUCUGGGGAUGUGUCCCCAACACAACAUCCUUUUUCACCAUAUGACUGUGGCGGAGCACAUCCUCUUCUACUCACUGCUGAAAGGCCGUCCGCUGGCAGAGGCCCAGGAGGAGGUGGAGAACAUGCUGCAGGACCUGGGUCUGCCUCACAAGAGAGACGAGCUGACGCAGAACCUCUCAGGGGGCAUGCAGAGGAAGUUGUCCGUAGCCUUGGCGUUUGUAGGAGGAGCUAAGGUGGUGAUUCUGGAUGAGCCCACCUCAGGUGUGGACCCCUACUCCAGACGCUCCAUCUGGGACCUGCUGCUGAAAUACCGUGCAGGACGUACAGUGAUCAUGUCGACCCACCACAUGGACGAGGCCGACCUGCUGAGCGACCGCGUGGCCAUCAUCUCUCAGGGUCGUCUUCACUGCUGCGGCUCGCCCAUCUUCCUCAAAAAAUGCUUCGGAGCUGGAUUCUACCUGACUCUGGUGCGACGGGUGAAACCUGAAGCUCGGAAGGUGAGCUGUGACUGUACGAAGGACUGCUCCUGUAAGUGUUCCAAGUGUUCAAAGUUUAAAGCAGACCAGGAGAAGAAGCUGGACCGGCAGCUGGAGGGUAACAUCGAGACCAUAACAACCCUGCUCAAUCAUCACGUGCCGCAGGCUCGUCUCAUCGAGGCCAUCGGCCAGGAGCUGACCUACCUGCUGCCUAACAGGAACUUCCAGCCCCGAGCGUACGCCAGUCUGUUCAGGGAGCUGGAGGAGACGCUGGUGGACAUCGGCCUCAGCAGCUUCGGCGUGUCCGACACGUCGCUGGAGGAGAUCUUCUUAAAGGUCACUGCUGAUGGGAACGCAACCAACAGGAAAUGUAUACAAGAGAAGAAAUCAUUGCAGCACAUCUUUGGCACGUUGCUCUGUGGAUUCAACAGAGUGGCUGUUAAUCUGGAACCUGAGAAAGACACAGACGGGGUUUUGCAAACCAACGGUCAGGGUCCAUGUGAUGUCCCAGGAGGUUCUGAUGGCAGGGGGUCGUACCAGGUCAGAGGUCUUCAGCUGACAAUCAAACAGUUCCUCGCUCUGCUAAUAAAGAGGCUGCAACACGCCACACGCUCCUUUAAGGACUUCCUCGCCCAGAUCGUGCUGCCGGCCAGUUUUGUCUUCUUGGCGCUCACCUUCACUCUGAUCGUUCCACCGUUCGGGGAGUAUCCGAGUCUGACUCUCAGUCCGUGGAUGUACGGGAGACAGUACACCUUCUUCAGUAAUGAACGUCCGUUGGAUGCUCAGAUGAGAUAUUUCGGGGAAGUGUUAUUGGACAAACCCGGCUUUGGGACUCGCUGCAUGGCUGAAGAACCUCUGGAAGAUUUCCCGUGUAACAACAUUACCACAGAGUGGGAGAUGGGCCUGGUUAACCCGGUACUAAUUGACAUGCUGGCCGGUCCCGAGUGGGACGCCCUCAGACCGUCUCCAGACUGUCAGUGCAGCACACCCAGGAAACUCACCAUGUUACCUGUGUGUCCUGAGGGGGCGGGAGGUCUGCCGCCUCCGCAGAGGAUCCAGUCUACAGGAGAUGUUCUCAUGGACCUCACAGGCAGGAACAUCUCUGAUUAUCUUGUGAAGACUUACCCCAGCCUCAUCAGAACCAGCUUGAAGAGCAAAUAUUGGGUGAACGAACAAAGGUAUGGAGGUAUAUCAGUGGGAGGACAGCUUCCUGUUUUAGAUCUUCAGCCGAAGACCAUCCAGGAUGUGGCAGCACAGCUGGGACGACUGCUCAACGUUACCGGGGGCAAAUACUCCAAACAAACUCUAAAGGACAUAGGGAUGUUUCUGAAAUAUAUGGAGACCCAGAACAAUGUCAAGGUGUGGUACAACAAUAAGGGCUGGCAUGCCAUGGUUAGCUUCAUGAAUGUGGCGAACAACGCCAUCCUGCGUGCUAACCUGCCCAAAGAUGCUAACCUGGACAAAUACGGAAUCACUGCCAUCAACCAUCCUCUGAACCUGACCAAAGAGCAGCUCUCUGAGAUCACCGUCCUCACCACCGCGGUGGAUGCCGUGGUGGCUAUCUGCGUCAUCUUCGCCACGUCCUUCGUUCCAGCCAGCUUCGUCCUCUAUUUAAUCCAGGAAAGGGUGACCCAGGCCAAACACCUCCAGUUUGUCAGUGGCGUCAGUCCGUUGGUGUACUGGAUGGCCAACUUUCUCUGGGACAUGCUGAAUUACUCCAUGAGUGCAGUGAUGGUCGUAGAAAUCUUCAUCUUUUUUAAUAAAAAGUGCUACACCUCAGGCAACAACCUGCAAGCACUUAUCGCCCUGCUUAUGCUGUAUGGCUGGUCUGUGACCCCCAUGAUGUACCCCAUGUCCUUCGUGUUUAGUGUUCCCAGCACAGCCUACGUCUCUCUGUCCUGUAUCAACCUCUUCAUCGGCAUCAACUGCAGCGCCAUCACCUUCAUCCUCGACUUGUUUGAGGGCACCACAGCUCUGUACAAGCUCAACCAGCUGUUAAAGACCGUGCUGCUCGUCUUCCCUCAUUACUGCCUGGGAAGAGGGCUCGUAGACAUGGCCAUGAACCAGGCUAUGACAGAUGUCUUCGCUCGCUUCGGUGAGGACUACAGUCCGGACCCGUUUGACUGGGACUUUAUUGGGAAAAACCUUUUUUGCAUGGCUGUGGAGGGAUUCGUCUACUUCAUCCUGAAUCUUCUCCUCCAGUAUCGCUUCUUCCUCGAUCACUGGAUCUCUGAGGGCCCAAAGCCUUUCAUUCUAAACGAAGAUUUAGACGUGGCUCAGGAAAGACAGCGGAUCUACGAGAGUGAAAAAACCAACGAUAUUUUACACAUCAAGGACCUAACCAAGACGUACCCAGGAAUGAUGAUCCCUGCAGUGGACCGGAUCUGUGUGGGAGUCUCAGCUGGGGAGUGUUUUGGUCUGCUGGGGGUAAAUGGAGCAGGAAAGACCACAACAUUUAAGAUGCUGACCGGAGACAUAGACGUCACAUCAGGAGAGGCGUCAGUGGCCGGGCACAGCAUUUUGACGAGCAUCCUGGACGUCCACCAGAACAUGGGCUACUGUCCUCAGUUUGACGCCAUCGAUGAGCUGCUGACAGGAAGAGAACAUCUACACCUCUACGCCCGACUCCGAGGAGUCCCAGAGUACGAGAUCAGCAGGGUUGCAGAGUGGGCGAUCCAGAAGCUGGGUCUGUCUGAAUACGCAGAUCAGAGCGCCGGGACGUACAG